GCCGUCAAUGCGCGCGAAAGUGGAGAGCUCUGAGUUCCCUCGGAACUGUGGAAUUUGAUCCUUCACACAUUUUGCUGGUGGCGGAGUGGAGGCGAAGAGGAAGAGAGGAGCGAGGCGGGAGGGGGAUAGAUUUCGGGGAAUCUGAGCAGGCAGGUUGCAGGGAGGCAGGCAGGCAGGGGAAGGCGUACGGAGGUCUGAUGGUAUUUAGAACAGAGAAAUGGAGCUCGAGUGGAGGAUCUAUCGACAGAGUGGAAGGCGGAGAGUAUUCCGAAUUCGGACGCUGUGAUCCGAACUUCGGGCGUCGAAGAUUGUUUCUGCAGUCGAGAAGCUGCAGGUUCCUGGUGAAAAAACCGUGUCCAGGUGGCGAGAAUGGAAGGAACGGCCAGGAGGUCGAGUCUGACGCGAAUUGGGUGCCUUCUUACGGGGGAGAAGCUGGAAACGAAGCAGAAGAAGAUGAAGAAGAGGAGAAGGAAGCACCUGACGAGGCUGUCAGUGCGAGGCGGACAUUAAGUUAUGAGAAGACGAAGGGAAAACGGAAAGUCAAUGAGAUUUUGCAGGCAGAGAAUGUGUCAGUGACCUCUGAGGAGUAUGAGCAAGCGGAACAGAUGGAAUCUGAUGGUGACUACGAACCCAGCGUCGCUGGUGCCGCUGAUGUAGAAGAAGCAGCUGACGAAGGGACUAGUCAAUCCGCUCGGGAGCGGAAGAGAAAACGAAAUGUGGAUGAUUCUGGCGGAGAGUUGGAAACCUUCCAAAGACCUGGGAAGAAAAUUUAUGAUACGAACGGAGUCCAUUUCGAAGUGAACAAUGUCGACAGAAAUAAAGAGUUUGGGACGGGAUGUAGAGAGAAAUCUUCUGGUAAAAAAAGGCGGAAGUUCAGGAAAACUAGAGAAACUGAUAAGGUCGAUAUGGAGAGCGAGGAUGCGCAGUGGGUGAAAUCUCUUCGGGGACCACAUCUGAGACUAAUGCUCGCACUGAAGGAACUCGGGACCGUGCGUGUGAAUACAUGUAAAGAGGACUCCCUAUACAACUGUCUUACACCAGCAGCUCUACGGGCUAUAGGUAUAAUAUUGGAAGAGCACGUAAAGGAGCAACUAUGUUCUCUUGCUAAUAAGUCACCUGGUGAUGCUGGUGUACAAGUUGAGAAUGGAGAUUCUAUAUCUCCAAAGGAGGCACAGUCUGCGGACUGUGGACAUGGGGUUGAUGAUGGGGUAACGGAGGAUACUGAGAACGAUCAGACGAGUACAAAGAAGUCUAAAUCAUCCAAAAGGAGUUCCAAAGCAGAGGGUUUGGUGAACGAAGAAAAUCCAGUGAAUUUAUUGAAGGAUCUGCAAACGGAAGAGCAAGGCCAUCGGACGACUGCGAGGAAGUCGAAGUCAUCGAGGAGUUCUCGAGCUGAGGGAUUGGUGAACGAUGAACGGGAAGUGAAAUCUACGAAGGAUAUCCCAACGGCAGAACAAGACCAUCGGACGACUACCAGGAUAUCAAAGUCCUUCAGAAGAUCUCAAGCAGAGGGAUUGUUGAACGAUGAUCGGGAAGAGAAUUCUCUGAAAAAUAUUUCUUCAGAAGAACAAGACCAUCUGACGAUUACCAGGAAAUCGAAGUCAUCCAGAAGUUCUCAAGCAGAGGGAUUGGUGAACGAUGAUCGGGAAGUGAAUUCUCUGAAAAAUAUUUCAUCGGAAGAACAAGACCAUCGGACGACUACCAGGAAAUCGAAGUCAUCCAGAAAAUCUCAAGCAGAGGCAUUUGUGAACGAUGAUCGUGAAGUGAAUUUUUUGAAGGAUACUCCAUCGAAAGAACAAGACCAUCGGACGUCUACCAGGAAAUCGAAGUCAUCCAAAAGUUCUCAAGCAGAGGGAUUGGUGAACGAUGAUCGGGAAGUGAAUUCUCUGAAAAAUAUUUCAACGGAAGAACAAGACCAUCGGACGACUACCAGGAAAUCGAAGUCAUCCAGAAAAUCUCAAGCAGAGGCAUUGGUGAACGGUGAUCGGGAAGUGAAUUCUCUGAAGGAUAUUCCAUCGGAAGAACAAGACCAUCGGACGUCUACCAGGAAAUCGAAGUCAUCCAAAAGUUCUCAAGCAGAGGUAUUGGUGAACGAUGAUCGGGAAAUGAAUUCUCUGAAAAAUAUUUCAACGGAAGAACAAGACCAUCGGAAGACCACCAGGAAAUCGAAGUCAUCCAGAAAAUGUCAAGCAGAGGCAUUGGUGAACGGUGAUCGGGAAGUGAAUUCUCUGAAGGAUAUUCCAUUGGAAGAACAAGACCAUCGAACGUCUACCAGGAAAUCGAAGUCAUCCAAAAGUUCUCAAGCAGAGGGAUGGGUGAACGAUGAUCGGGAAGUGAAUUCUCUUAAGGAUACUCCAACUGGAGAACAGGACAAUGGGGCGACUACUAGGCAAUUGAAGUCAUCCAGAAGUUCUCAAGCAGAGGGACUAGUGACGGAUGAUCGGGAAGUGAAUUCUCUGAAGGAUAUUCCGACGGAAGUACAAGACCAUCGGACGACUACUAGGAAAUCCAAGUCAUCCAGAAGUUCUCACUCAGAGAUUGGAUUGGUGGCCGAAGUAUGGGAAGUGAAUCCUACUAUGAAUAGGCAACCCUUAGAACAGGGCGUUCGGACGACCACAAGGAAGUCGAAAUCAUCUAGACGGAGUUCUCAAGCAGAGGGAUUAGUGACAGAAGAACGGGAAAUGAAUUUUGCGAAGAGUAUUCAAAUGGAAGAACCAGGUUCGGCCGUAAAGACGACCUCGAAUGGGAAGAAAUCAUCAACAAAGAAACUUCAAAUAGUGCAAUCAGUGAAGGAUAGUGGACAACGUGGAGAUUAGCAGAAGGUUUUAAUGCGGUAUUAGAUAGUAAUUGAAUCUCCCAACCACUAUUAGUUAGAUUUCCCAGUUUUAACACUGGAUAUUGUCUCUGGUGGAGGCCUAUUCCAGUGUGUUUUUUAAUGCAAGCUCCUGAUGUUGGCCCACCUCUCAGGACUUGGGAAGUAUACGAUUCGAAGGAAAUCAAUUCCUUCCUUUGUACAAAUAUAUUCACAGUUCACCAUUUUUAUCAGGUUCUAUUCAGACCUGAACAUUCAAGC